AUGACCGGCGAAGGCACAGCUCGACGUCUCCGAGACAUAACGUUUCAUCUCAUCGCGACACUCGUCAUCGCAACACUCGGCCCGCUGCAGUUCGGUUUCCAUCUGGCCGAGCUCAACGCACCCCAGGAUGUCAUUACCUGCAAGAAGAAGACCAUUUCCUCCCUCGUGAAACUAGCCGCACACCGCGUCUUCGUCGCCUCUGGCCGCCAGGAUGACGCCAGCAGCUGGGUGCCCGCCUGCAUCCCCAUGAACGAGGCCGCCUUUGCCUUUGUGUCCUCGGCCUUUACCGUUGGCGGUCUCCUCGGCGCCCUCAGCUCCGGCCAAUUCGCCUCCAAACGCGGUCGCCUCCCUGCCAUGCGUCUGACCGCCCUGCUCUUCGCCCUGGGCUCCCUUGUCGAGACCGUGGCCGGGAGCGUGGCCGUCUUUUCGCUCGGUCGCUUCCUCGCCGGCAUCGGUGCGGGUGGUGCGACCGUCAUUGUGCCGCUGUACAUCAGUGAAAUUGCCCCUCGUGACCAGAGAGGCCUGUUUGGUGUCAUGACGCAAGUCUCGAUCAAUGUGGGCAUCCUGACGGCGCAAGUCUUGGGGUACUUCUUCAGCCAUGGCGGCGCGUGGAGGGUCAUUCUUGGUGCUGCCGUCUGCAUCGGUGUCGCGCAAGCAAUUGGACUUCUGGCUGUUCCCGAGAGCCCUGCCUGGGUUGCUACCCACGGUGAUGUUUCUCGUGCCAAGAAAAUCUUGCAAAAGAUCCGCGGGCACAAAGUCGACAUUGAGGAGGAGACGACCGCAUGGGGGGCUGUUGGCUCCUCUGGAGAGGCGCAGGGCUUGCUCUCGCAGUCGGAGGAAGGUAUCGCUUCCACCGAGGAGGGUACUGUGCCGAAACAUCUGGGGUUCCUCCAGGUAGUCAAGGAUCCUUCGUACCGGCCAGCAAUCGUCGCUGUGGUCGGGUCCAUGUUUGUGCAACAAUUUUGCGGAAUCAACUCGAUCAUCAUGUACUCUGUCUCGCUCUUACAGGACCUUCUACCCAUCUCUUCGGUUCUUCUUACCAUCCUGGUAUCUGUUGUGAAUCUGGCAAUGACCGUUGCGUGCUCGCCACUACCGGACCGCAUUGGACGCAAAACUUGCCUCAUGAUUUCUGUGAUUGGCCAAGGAUGCAGCUCCUUUGCCCUAGCCUUGUCGAUCGUCUCUGGCUUCCAAAUCCUCUCCGCAUUUGCCGUUGUCUUCUUUGUGGCUUUUUUCGCCGUUGGUUUGGGUCCUGUACCCUUCAUCCUUGCUUCGGAGCUGGUUGGCCAAGAAGCAGUUGGCGCGGCGCAAAGCUGGGCUCUCGCCGGAGCUUACGUCUCGACCUUUAUCGUUGCUCAGUUCUUUCCCAUGCUUAAUACCGCGCUCAACGAUGCCUUUGGUGGCCACGGCGGCUGGGUCUACUUUGUUUUCGCUGCCGUCGCUGCCGCUUCUGCCCUCUUCAUCACUUGGAGAAUUCCAGAGACCAAAGGCAAGAAGGAUGUGGACGAGGUCUGGGGCCGCACUCGUCGUCUUGACUAA